AUGACUUUCUUGUUUGGCCGACACCGUUCACAAUCAGAUGCAGCAUCUGCCCGCGAGGAGCCCGGAAUGCUCAGACGGUCUGUCUCGCAUCAAGACCCGUGCUCCGAAGGAAGAUUCCGAAAUCUUUUCCGAAAGAGCAGCGAUGGUCUGAGGCCGGAAGCUCAUGGGAAUGAAAAGUCUACUUCUGCUGAGGCGCCUACGAUGCACAAACAACGUCGUGACAGUGGCAAACAUGGUAGCAAUAAAGAUCUUUCUCGCAACUCUCCUCGCGGCCAGUCACCCACGGCACCAGACCACUCUGAGCCCAAGCAGCCAGGGAAUAUUCAAGACCUCCUCGAAUAUAGACUUGAUAACUUGAGCAGAGAAAGAAAAAAGUCAAAUACAACUAAAUCUAGACUUCAGGAUGAAUCAGUAUUCACGAAAGAAGAUGUGAAGAUAAUCCUAUCUGGGGCGCCUCACUUUCUUUUGGAGAAGGGCAAACACGGGCGAUGGUAUCCUCAGGUGAUCUUCCCCUGGGACGAACAGAACCCAGUAGUCCAACAUCUCUGGGAUCGCAAGCCAUUACCACAUGCUUCCUUUACUCUGAGCACCCUCCACGCUCAUCUACCAGUUCCGGAUGACUGGGCCGUGAAAGGUGGCGUGCCUAUUCGGGGUUACGACUGGCGCCGAACAGGCGCUACCAACAGGGCUACCUUUGAUGUUGGGAUAUUUGAAGUCCCGAACAUGUUGUCUAACAAUGGAAAGGAGCCCGGUACCGUUGGCUUUCGGCAUUUUCUUGAACUGUCCGUCGCGGACGCCGUUCGAUAUACGGGCCCCGAAGAGCCCAGACAAUCACCAUAUUUGCAGCGAGUUUCAACCUUGCCAGCAAUGGAAGCAUUCGAUCUGAUGGAGGGUUACAACAAGCCCUAUUCCCAGUGUCAAAGCGGCGCCGUCUAUGAUCGUCACCAGCUCAUCUGUGGCGGCCCUCAGGCCUGGAAGCGCAUUGGAGUGCGAGAUAUCAGUGUUCGAUCUCUCGUACAACGGCUGGAUCAUUUACGGCAGUUUCGACAAGACAUGCUCCGAGAGGGAUCGAGAAAGACAAUUCUGGACAUUGAGACUCCGCAUGAGUUACACGACUCUUUGCAUACUCGCUUUCUUUACCCUCACCCGCCACCUGCCGACAUCUUGGCAGGCCAUCCUUAUAGCAUCAAAUCUCAGAUCAAGACAUUGGUUAUUGUGUUGAAGACCCCCGGUGCAUGGAUCAACUUCAGCCUGCCUGAAUGGCGUUUUCGGGCCGGGCAGGUUCUAUGGGAAGCUUCACUACAAGGUGAUAGCGAUUGUCUAGAGCCUGGGUCAAACGGUGACCGAGAGCCACGGGAGGAUUUGGUCAAGUCUGGAAUGGAGCGAAAGUGGUUGAUGAUCCAAAUGCUUCUCUCUGCGGAGUUACUUCUUCGAUUGGACGCUUUUGUUCGUGUUGGCAUGUUACAUGAUCCGCAUGGGGGUCAAGUCACAAUACACGAACUUGAUCAAUUCGACAAGCUGCGUGAAGGGAAGGUCAACUGGGAUUUGAUUGUUGUGCGUCGGUUCCUUGACAGUCUGGAUAUCACUUGCGCAUCAUCGGAAUCACAGUCACCUCCUGAUGCUUCUUCGGCACCCUCUUCGGCUAGCAAGUCGCCCGAGAAAGGUCGUCACUUUUCCUUCAUUGAUGCUCUCACUCGACGCAAGUCGUCUCCAGUUGCGAAUCUGCAGUCUGCCUGGGACUGUCAAUUAAGCUCAUCGCACGUCCGACAACAGUUGGAGGGACUAUAUGUUUUCGCUGAAAAUAUUGGAUGGCCAAACAUCGAUGCCUUGAAAGCUGCAAUGAACUUUAAGCUAGGUGACGCAGAAAACCCGAUCCUUCCAGCCUUGGUCGUUGAUGAUAAGGGGGCGAAACCUAUAUCCAGUGGGAGCUCACUGGCCAAGGGGGAUAUGUACACCCGGAAUCCCUGCCGCCGACGCGUGAAGCUCCAUAGCUCUGGCGAUCCACAAUCUAAAGCCCUAGGCUGGGUUUCGCGUACUUGGCUCUCUGGAUUUGUGAUCCCCGGUGAGGGGAUCAGUCAUCUUCUCAUGGCUACACUGCUAGAGAAUGAUGCUGAUGCGCUAGAGCAGCUGGGUCUCAUUGCUGAUCUCUACGGUGGGUUUGUUUAUGGCGGACGCAGUUGGUGGAGCAAGGCAUGUAUCGUUGGGCGCGUUUUGUCUAGUUCAACAGGAGCCAAUACAUGCAUGGGGUGGAUCAGCAGCGACAUGCUUCCCCGCGAUAAAACUACGCUGGAGAUACUUGAGCGUGGUUGGUUUGAACUCCCUGUUGAGCAGGUGCCGCAGAUUUCGAGUAGGCCUCGAAUCAAGCAGGGAGCUAAGGUUGCAAUAGAAUCAUCACCGUUGGGCGUGGGAGAUAUCACGGCAGAGGCCUUUACACUUCCAGUGGAAGAACCCGAGUCAAGCGCAACAUCCAAUGACCAAGUCAAGUUGUUGAGUCUAUCGGUCAAUAGUGUCAGAUCUCCAUGCGACGACGGGAAAGUCAUUACGCCUGCGGACGAGGCAACUGUGUCAUUCUCCAUCGAUGAAGCAGAAGGCGCAGGGGGCUCAACUACUGUUUCUUUUGCCCUCAAGUACAAUGUACGCUUCGUUUCCGCCCACGAGUGUCGUGUGCCAUUGGGUGCCGCCGCCAGAAACUACCUCGGCCGAGAGCACGUGGAAGGGCGAGAGCCUACAAAACCGCACGAGUCGAAAUGGACGCGCCUGCCAGGUCAUCCACUGCACCGGUCCUAUUCAUACAAGUAUAUCCCGCUUGCAUGUCUGUCGAACACCUCGGCGCCGCAGCGGACGCGAUCAUCGCAAGAUGCCGAGGCUCCUCCCACCCCAGAGAUCAUCAUAAUCGACGCGCGAGGCAGCCGAGACAAGGAAACCCGAGAGUGCCCCAAUGAAGUCAAGGGCCCUAAGAUGGUGAAACAGCCGGACCAGACAGAGGAGGCCAGUGAGGUCCCUGCAUUGAUACUCCAUCAGAUCUCUACAGUUUAUUAG